UUUUUCUCCUUAGGUGACCCACUCCUCCUCCCCGGAACCCCUCUCCCGGGACCCUACUUCCGGUCUUCACUUAUAAGCCCCGCCCCUGCGACCCCCUCCCCGGAAGUCCCACCUCCCAACUUCAGGGGGCUCCCCGAACCCCGACUUGUUUUCUAUUUAUUGUCCCCGACCCCACUCUGUCGCCCGACUUUCCUGGAAGUCCCACCCCCAGACAUGCUUCCAGGUCCUACUACUAGAAACCCUACGUUAGUCCUUCCAAUUCCCCGAAACUCCGCCUCCUAGCGACGAUUCUCCGCCAACUCCUGUCUAUCAAAAAGCCUAUCUCCCGAAAGGGCAGAGCCCUGCCCCUCAAAGAACUAUUCGAAUUCAAGAUGCCACGCCUCUCUAGGGGUUCCUCCCCUCUAGAAGCCCCGCCCCUUCUUUAAUCCACGUCUGAUUGUCCAGAAGCCUUGCCUCCUGGGAGUCUCUCUGAUGCUCGCGUCCUGAGAGGGCCACGCCCCCUCAGGAGCGUUAUCCCUGUAGGACCCGGGUCAUCGCCUCAGAAGCUUUGUCUUCAAUCCCAGAAACUUCACCUGUUUAACAUUUCCUUGUUCUUUUUCUCUUUGGGGACUUUGGCUCAGUUUUCCUGAGCUCUCAUGCUCCAUUGGGUAGGAAGUCAGAAGUUCACAUCUCUGGCUCUGAGGAGUCAGAGAUUAGAGGCAGCCCUUUUCCUCUCCCUUACCCUCUUCCAAGGGUGGACCUACUUGAAGGGGGCUGGACUUGGGGUUUGGUACGAGAGUGGGAGGGAGACUCGCUCACAGAUUCCCAGCCCCACUCCCAGGACCGACUCCACCCCAGAAACAGCUGUUUGUCUCAUACCUGUACGUCGGGAGCUGGGUAGGGCCACGGAUUUGUUGGUGUGUAACAUGUGGGUGUGACAGGAGAGAAAGUUUUCCACCACCAGAAAACGGUGGCUUGGAGUGGGUGUAGGUAAUAGUGUCCUUUUUGCUGUUUGAUUUUUUUUUUUAAGGGACUCCUCAGGCCCCACCACUUCUCUGGCUCUUCCCCUCCCCCUAACCGGAGUUCUAGUCUGGGCAUUCCUCCUGGUCCCGCUUGCCCAGCCUUCCCUUCUGGAAGCAUUCCUGAGCUUUCGCCAUUUCCUGCUACUUUCCGCCGCUCUUGCCUCCUCCUCCCUGCUGGGCUGAGAAGCCACACGCAGCUUCUUCCAGUCACCCGGAUUCCCAGUAGCAAUCUCCUUUCUUCCUACAUAAAUUUAAAAAGCCCUACUUCCUCUUUCUUUUCUAACAAUGCUCACACCUGUUGGUCAUUCCCUGCUUCUGGAUCCUGCAGGCACCCAUAGAAUGCCCACCUCUAAAGAUGAGGACAUCCUGGUGUGUGUGUGUGUGUGUGAUGGGGGUGUGAGGCUUUGGCAGAAUACUUUCCUCAUUCUCUCUAUGCCUGGGCGCUGAGUCUUUAGGAAACAGAGUGAUAGAAUUUCUUCUCGGGAGUGGUGCAUGGAGUGGCAAAGCUCUCCUUGGAGGACUAAGUGGGAGGUGAUAAGCACAGUAUCUAACAUGUUUUAAGUGCUAGUGUUGUUCAUUGCUAUAAUCAUAUGAUAAUUUGCAUCUUUUUAUAUUCUGAAGUAAAUUUAAGGAUAGGUAAUUCUGCGGUGAGCCUGGGGGGUUAUAUGUAUCUUUUACAACUACUUUUUUGGGUCACUUUCCAACUUCCUUUAUGGCCCCCUUGAGCAGAGCUGUGGAGCAGAGCUGUGGGCGGAAGGAAUGGGUUUGGGACUGUUCCCUGUGUCCAUCCUCAGUCCUUCUCCUGGCACCCCUUUCUCCUUAGCAGAUUUGUCUUGUGCCCCCUCUGUCCCUUCAUGGCCUGUAGCCCCCACUUCUCUUGGAGAACUGUUGCACUCUCCCAUUUCCUCCAGCCAGACUCUGCCUCUGGCGUGAGGGGCAUCAUGCUCUGUGGUGGACACCUGCACCCUUCCCAGUCACUACUGCAAGAGGAGGGGUAUGAGCUUACCCACAGGUCCAGGGAGCUGACCUUAGUGUCAAUGCCCUGGCCGCCCCCACCCCUUCUACCCUUGACAGCUUGCUUCGCUGUGGAAAGGGGGACAGAAGAGUGCUUGGCAUGGGCCGCUGCUCCUUGGCAUGGUAGGCGCCAUGCAUGGAGAACAAGCCUCCACCAGCCUGUCCUCUGCUCCAGCUCCUGCCUGGUGGCUCCCUGAUGCACCACCCAGGUUGGACUUUAUUCCCCUUACUUCACCAGCUUUGCCCUUCCUCUUGGCCCCUCCCUGCAUCCACUGGGACCACGUCCUUCCUUUUCCCAUUUCUUUAGCUCCUUCCACAGCUGUGGUAGCAGAGGAUGCUAAUGGCCCAGGCUCCCUGGGGCUGCCACCCCAUGUGUGAUGGUGGGGGGUUGCCGGGGGUGGCCGGGGCUGGAGGAGGAGGGAGUUUGAGUGUUCAACUAGGACAGGAAGGGAAUUGCUGAGCUCAGGAAUCCCCUCCCUUUCCCACCCCCAGCUGCCUCUGUUUCCUCCCUUAUUCCCCCCGCUGCCCUCCCUUAGUUUCCUGCUCCCUUUGGCCUGCCUAUGUCUGGUUUGGAUUGAUGCAGACCUCCUCUUGCCACCCUCCUUUCCUUCUCACUCUUCCAUCCUUCCCUCCCACUCCCACUUUAUUCCUCUCCAGAUUACUUGUUGUUUGUACCGGGGUGGGGUGGGGGUGGGGGGGGCGGGCAUGGAUCGCUCUGCCCUGUAAGAGUUCUGGGUUGGGGCAGUGCUGGAGGCUUAGCCCCUCAGAGCCUGUGAGUCAGCACUGUCCUCGGGAUUGGUCUCUCCCCUUAGCUCCCCGCCCCUGGGGAGGAGCCAGUCAGCUCUAGGUCCAGCCUGUUCUCCUCACAGCUAGAGAAGAGGCUCCACGCUGGGCGGGGAUGGGGCCUGAAACUCUCUGGGUCUGAGCCUGGGGAGCCAGAGCCACUUGUCCCUCUCCCUCCCCAGGACCCUUGAGAUCCCUGGGCCAGAGAGGUCCGAUCAGGCUAAGGGCCUGGGAUGCCCCCUGCCUGGCCCCCUUGCCCUGACUGGCAGGGGGGCCAGGCUGGGCAGCAGCCUUCCUCUCACUCCAGCCAUGGAUCUCCUGCCCCCCAAGCCCAAGUACAACCCACUUCGGAAUGAGUCUCUGUCAUCGCUGGAGGAGGGAGCUUCAGGGUCCACCCCACCGGAGGAGCUGCCUUCCCCAUCAGCCUCGUCUCUGGGGCCCAUGCUGCCACCUCUGCCUGGGGACGAUAGUCCCACUACCCUGUGCUCCUUCUUCCCCCGGAUGAGCAACCUGAAGCUGGCCAACCCGGCUGGGGGGCGCCUGGGGCCGAAGGGGGAGCCAGGAAGGGCAGCCGAGGAUGGGGAGGGGAUCGUAGGGGCAGCCAUGCCGGACUCAGGCCCCCUGCCCCUCCUCCAGGACAUGAACAAGCUGAGUGGAGGCGGCGGGCGCAGGACUCGGGUGGAAGGGGGCCAGCUGGGGGGCGAGGAGUGGACCCGCCACGGGAGCUUUGUCAAUAAGCCCACGCGGGGCUGGCUGCAUCCCAACGACAAAGUCAUGGGACCCGGGGUUUCCUACUUGGUUCGGUACAUGGGAUGUGUGGAGGUCCUGCAGUCAAUGCGCGCCCUGGACUUCAACACCCGGACUCAGGUCACCAGGGAGGCCAUCAGUCUGGUGUGUGACGCUGUGCCAGGUGCUAAGGGGGCAACAAGGAGGAGAAAGCCCUGUAGCCGUCCACUCAGCUCCAUCCUGGGGAGGAGUAACCUGAAAUUUGCUGGAAUGCCAAUCACUCUCACCGUCUCCACCAGCAGCCUCAACCUCAUGGCCGCAGACUGCAAACAGAUCAUCGCCAACCACCACAUGCAAUCCAUCUCCUUUGCGUCUGGCGGGGACCCGGACACAGCCGAGUAUGUCGCCUAUGUUGCCAAAGACCCGGUGAAUCAGAGAGCCUGCCACAUCCUGGAGUGUCCCGAAGGGCUUGCUCAGGACGUCAUCAGCACCAUUGGCCAGGCCUUCGAGUUGCGUUUCAAACAAUACCUCAGGAACCCGCCCAAGCUGGUCACCCCCCAUGACAGGAUGGCUGGCUUUGAUGGCUCAGCUUGGGAUGAGGAGGAAGAAGAGCCACCUGACCAUCAGUACUAUAAUGACUUCCCUGGGAAGGAACCCCCUCUUGGGGGGGUGGUGGACAUGAGGCUUCGGGAAGGAGUCCCCCAGGGGGCUGCUCGACCCACUCCACCCAGUGCCCACACCCCUAGCCACCUGGGAGCCACGCUGCCAGUGGGGCAGCCUGUUGGAGGAGACCCAGAAGCCCGCAAACAGAUGCUGCCCCCGCCACCCUGCCCAGCAGGGAGAGAGCUCUUUGAUGAUCCCUCCUAUGUCAAUGUCCAGAACCUAGACAAGGCACGGCAAGCAGGCGGUGGGGCCGGGCCCCCCAAUCCUGCCGUCAAUGGCAGCGCGCCCCGAGACCUCUUUGACAUGAAGCCCUUUGAAGAUGCCCUGCGGGUGCCUCCACCUCCCCAGUUGGUGGCCAUGGCUGAGCAGCUCCGAGGGGAGCCCUGGUUUCACGGGAAGCUGAGCCGGCGGGAGGCCGAGGCACUGCUACAGCUCAACGGGGACUUCCUGGUGCGGGAAAGCACGACCACGCCUGGCCAGUAUGUGCUCACUGGCCUGCAGAGUGGGCAGCCCAAGCACCUGCUACUGGUGGACCCUGAGGGUGUGGUUCGGACAAAGGAUCACCGCUUUGAGAGUGUCAGUCACCUCAUCAGCUACCACAUGGACAAUCACUUGCCCAUCAUCUCUGCGGGCAGCGAACUGUGUCUCCAGCAACCUGUGGAGCGGAAACUGUGAUCUGUCCCAGUGCUCUCUCCUAGAAGAUACCCUGCGACCCCUUCCACCCUAUUGUCCAAUUCUCAGGACCUCACUUGGGAGUGUUCUGUGGGCUUGGCCUUGUGUAGGGAUGGGGGUAGUGUGGACAUUGGGUUCAGCGUCCAGCUGAGUGAGAGGGUUUGAGUGAGGAGCCAGGGGUAGAGUCCUGCUUCUCCCCAAACCUCACCAAAGUAUUAAUGUACAGAGUGGCCCCCUUCCCUGGGCCUUUCCUGUGCCAACUUGAUACCCCCUUCCCCAAGGUGGGUGCUGGAGGCCUGGGCAGUGUGCCUCCUUGUAAUGGAAAAUGUCCUGUGGUGAUAGGCCCAGUGGAGCAAUCACCCUUCCAGGGAAGGGGAAUGAAUCACACCCUUAGUCUACCCCUGGGCUCAGGGUACCCCAGACCCCUCUCAACAACCCUCCCUCCCAGCGUUUAAACUUUGUGCCUUUGACCAUCUGCUAGGUCUGAAGAUAUUUUAUGCAAAGAGUUCUUGGGCCCCUGAAGUCAAGCAUGGGGGUGCUGACACCUUGGCUUCUGGGACCCCGUCCUCUCCUUGCUCAGUACCCCCUCCCGUUUAGGUUGGGUGAACAGAGGCAGGAGUGGCAGCUGUCCCCUCUCCACCGGGAUAUGCAGCUCUUAGAGAUUGCCUCAGAGCCCCCUCCCAGCCAGUGGGGAGAUGGACCUGCCUCUUGCUCAGUGCCUCUUGGGUGGGGCCCCUCACCCCAGGGGGUCUAUAUAUACAUUUGGCAAGUCCAUCCCCCCCCCCAUGUUGCAUGCAUGUUAUACUCUAGAGCCAAAGUACAGCCCUUCCUCCUGUAGCCUCUGCCCUGCCUCCCCCUGCUGGGGUGGUGGGGGGAUGACUGAAGUGUCAUCCUAGGUGGAUUUUGUGGAGGUGGGAACAGGGGCACUGAGACUCUAAAGCAGUAGACAAUCCCCAGAUACCAUCGGUAGAUUUGGAACUGCGUUUUUUAUUUUAUAUGCAUAUAUUUUAGGGCUGUAGAUUUACUUUACUAAUUUGUUUUCCAUAGCUUAUUCCUGAGCACAAAAUGAUGAUAAUCGAUUUAUACAUCACCUUUUUGACUUUUCAAAGCCCUUUUACAACUAUUGGCAUUUUCCUCACCCUGGCCUUUGCCGGUAGCAUUAUCUUUUCUGAGAGACCAGAGGCCGAGUGUGAGCUAGGACUAGAGAAACUUGGACCUCCCACCGCGAGGCUGGGAGGCAGAAGUUUGGCUGAAUGGAUGUUAGUUUCACACGGGGCGGGCGGGGGCGGGGGCUUGGGGACACUUAAAACCUGCAGUUAUUGAAUCCCUUCUCCAGGCCGGGUCCUGCCGCAACGACAGAGGAGCCGGCCCUGCUCUGUCAUUAGGCCUUGUGGAUAAGGGAGCGUGGACUAUCUAAAUCCUCACCUCCCUUUUUUUUCUUUUCUUUUCUUUUUGUUUGGAUGUUUUCACGGGUCUCACUUAUACCAAAGGGAAAGAAUCUUCAUUAAAGUCCAUAUUUCUUCUA